AUGAAAGUAGUACAGGAUUUUCAAGAUAUGCACCACAUCUGCGCAUGCGCAAGACUUAACAACUCGUCUGCACCAUUUAUAAAAGGAGUAGCGAAGUGGCUACUGGCAAAAGUAAGACAGAGAAACAAAAGAGCAUUUAGUAACUCAAAAGUAGCAAAUGAACACGAAAGCACAUGCAAGUGCAUAGGUGGAAAUCAAAUGACAUGCAUUUCUGCAGAUGAGUAUUUCCUCCUCGCACGAAUGCGUCAAGCUUUCAUUUUCUUGUCACUAGUCGUCUCCCUUAUUUUAUUUACGAUGACAGCCAGCUGGCAAUACUUAGGUGGGCACCUGACUAACACUGAAACAAAUUAUUCAAUUAGUUACCCAGUUUUGUUACACUUAACCCACAUAGUACCAGUGGUCACUACUACAAAUAUAGCCCUGCUACUUGUGAUUGUAAUCCUUUUUCGUGAUCAAUUAUUGAAACGUCAAUGUGUAGAGAAAGUGGAAUUGGAUUCAGCGAAGUUCUUAAUAAAAGGCGGCUUUCAUAAGUUAAUGCCUUAUGAUGAUUUGUCACUGCGAUACUAUUUAAAGAAUUCAGAGACUAACCAGAAUCAAACUGUUGAUAUGCUAUCAUUUUUUAUCCGAAAUUUGGCCUUAUUUAUUUUGAAAUUACAACGUGAAACAAAAAGUGCGCAACUUUGCAACAUGCAUGCAAGAGUAAAAUAUUCAAUAAUUACGCAGCUAAAAAGUGACCUAAAAAUUAUCAACUUUUGA